AGGGAAGUUACUCUAUCGUAAAAACAAUAUCACAUGACAAGUGUCUGAAGAUGAACCAGGCAGCUAUAAUUUCAGUGCUUAUAAUGGUUAUUGUUUUUGUACAAGGACAGGUUCCGCCGUUUAAAGAGACUUGUGUGACCAAUGCCUACCCACCAUCUGAGAAAAGCCAUCUUGUUCCAACAUAUGUUUUAAACCUUGACCUUCCACCAACACAAAGAUGGCAGAAUUUAGCAAAGGAUAAAGGAAGUCAAAUAAAAACUUUGCUAAAAAAGUUUAUAGAGUUUGCUGAAGACUUUGGCAAUGGGACUGUUAAUACAAUAAUCAACUACCUCAACAAACAAGGGGAUAGCAUGGACACCACUUUACCACAGCCAUAUGCUGAUGAAAUGAGAGGAAUUGCUUCAGCUUCUGGACUAGGACUAGGGGAAGUAAUUAUCUACAAUUUGUUUUAUGAAGUAUUCACAGUGUGUACAUCAAUUGUUGCAGAAGACAAUGCAGGAAAACUGUUCCACGCCAGAAAUCUAGAUUUUGGAUUAUUUUUAGGAUGGGACAUUAAAAACCACACAUGGGAGAUAACUGAAGCUCUACGACCAAUGAUAUUGAACGUUGAUUACCAGAAGGGUGGGAAGACCGUGUUUAAGGCCGUACAUUAUGCUGGUUAUAUUGGUAUCUUAACUGCAAUUAAACCAGGUGUGUUUACAUUGUCAAUGAAUGAAAGAUUUGACUUGAAUGGAGGUUUCAUUGGAAUAAUUGAAUGGAUCCUUGGAAUAAGAUCAGGACAGUGGAUGGGAUUCUUGACCAGAGAUACCCUUCUUUAUUCCAACAGUUAUGAAGAAGCUAAGAAAAAUCUAACAAUGACCCAGAUGUUAGCUCCAGCUUAUUUUAUAGUUGGUGGAAAUUCAACUGGACAGGGCUGUGUGAUAACAAGGGAUAGGAACAAGGCUGUCGAUGUUUGGAAUAUGGCAGAGGCUGGCAAAUGGUACAUUCUAGAAACAAAUUAUGAUCAUUGGAAGAGUCCAUUGUUCAUUGAUGAUAGGAGAACUCCUGCUAAUAGAUGUAUGCAGAACAUGACACAAAAUAAUGUUGGGUGGCCAGGAAUUUUUAAUGUCCUUUCUUCAAAACCUGUUCUUAAUAAGCUGACAACAUACACAGCAUUGAUGCAGGUUGAUGCUGGUACCCUGGAAACCUGGCUCCAGUAUUGUCCUGAUCCCUGUUGGCCUUUUUAAAGAACACAAGCUGGUACCCUGGAGACCUGGCUCUAGUAUUGUCAUGAUCCAUGUUGGUCUUUUUGAAGAACACACAAAAAAGAUUGUUUUCAGUAUUAUCCAUGGUAAUCAUUUUUGAAAAAAAAGGCAUAAUAAAUUAGUCAAAAUGAGAUUAUCUUUUACAUUCCACAUAUUGUUAAGUGUUUUACAAUUUUGAUAAUCAUUUAUAAUUGUUAAAUUUUUUAUUUUAGGUUUUAUAAAAUGUCUUUGUAAUGGAAAAGUUGAAACAUACAUUUUGAAUGUUUCAAAUCAAUCAUGCAACUUUUUAGAAAUUUCGUAAUUUCGUUAUCCUCAGGACGUGUACUUUUUAUAUUAUAACCAUCAUAUUAUAUAUAUACCGUAGUUCGAAACAUACUAUUAACUUUGAGAUUAAACACUAUUAUAGAGUUGAAAUGAGACUUGAACAUAUAAAAUGAUUUAUAAAAAUGAUGAAUUUACAAAAGUUUGAUUCUUGAUAUACAGCAGCUGAAUAAAACGUAAAGGUUUCCCAAAAUAUGUAAUUAUGCAUUUUUUUCCCAUUACUAUUAUGUAUUGCACAAACAUAUUUUUUGCUUUCAUAAAAAAGUACUCUUUGUAACAUAAAGUGAUUGGUAUGUGAGUGUUUGUGUGUUUUAGGUAUAGACGUUUUUGCCAUGUCUGUUCUUGUUAAUACUUGUUAUUUAUAAUUAUGGUGCUUUUUAUAUUUCUAUUUUCAUAAUAAAAAAAAUAUUCACUUUC